AUGAAUGCUCUGAUCGUUGAUACGCUGGACAAGUUGGCAAGUGAAAUUGUGCGUUUGCGAGAAGCCGCGAAAAAGAAGAAGAAGAUGGUGACGGCAGUGGAUAUGCAAGCGGCUGUUCGACUCGUUUUUCCGGAGGGAUUUGCUCGACAUGCAAUCAUUGAAGGCGCCAAGGCACUCGAGAAGUAUCGUCGAUCUCUUAAAUCU